AUGGCGUCUGGAGGAGUCGCAGACGCAGUUGGAGGAGAGGCCUUCACGUCAGAACAGGCCUGGACGGCGCCGUUACCGGAGGCUCUGCGCAGUGCACAGAAUUCGAGUUCUCGCUCGUGGCCAGCGGGGGGCUGUGCCGCCGCGAAAGGAGACAGAGGCGAUGUGGACGACCAGUCUGGAGCGGAACUGAAAGAAGAGAUUGACGCAGAACUGGAGGAAGAAGAGGUUGAAGCGGAACUGGAGGAAGAAGAGGCUGAAGCGGAACUGAAAGAAGAGAUUGACGCAGAACUGGAGGAAGAAGAGGUUGACGCAGAACUGGAGGAAGAAGAGGUUGAAGCGGAACUGGAGGAAGAAGAGGUUGAAGCGGAACUGGGAGACGAGUUUGCCGGUCUUGUAUGGAGGCCUAAAAGCACUUUUUUCGGCUCUUCACUCUGGACAGUCGAAGAAGGCGAGUGCGAGGCUGCGGGCGAAACGGCGCCUCGCAGAGCCGGCCGCGCGGACGGGACCGCUUUGCGCUCGAUUCCGGCCGUCGAGUCCAAGCUUUCCUUUUCUCCGGCUCGGUUUUGGUGCGAGAGACGGCAAAGCGGCUCCUUCCACGCGGCAGCGCCUUCUGUCCGGGCGAGUCGCCGCUGCAGGAAUCGAGGCUUCGAUCUUGCGCGUGGAAUUCGUCGAGCAGCCCUCGCGGAGGUUGUGCGGACCUCGCGCGUUGAAGGCGCACGCGCUCAAAGGACGCAGACGCGCGCACGCCAAGAGUUCUCAACCUCUGCAAGGUUUCAGCGGCGGCAUCCGGACUGGCGCAAGAUGGCGGUUGCGGAGAGAGCGACGGGGCAGGGGCCAGCGGGUUCCUCCCCCGGGGGACGCCCUCCCGCGCAUCACGCAAAGUUGUAUCUCUCUUCUCCUUGCUCGACUCUGCCUCUCGCGACUUCUUCUGCCUUUUCCCUUCCGCCUUCCGUCCGACCGUGUAGGGCGACUGGCCAGUCUGUGCGCGGUGUCUCGGGAGGCGCGUCGGUCCGUCCGUCAGUUUUCUCGCGGUCUGUCGCGGCCCUCCUCACGCUUUCUGCGCUUCUCGCCUCCCUUCUUCUCUCGCCACUCUCCCCUCCGUUCUCGAGCGGCUGCGCCGCGCAGACGAACGGUUUUCUCUUCGCGCAGGCUGCCUCGCAUCGCCGAUCGAGAGCCGAGGAGUGCCCGCCCUCUUCCAGGUCUGACGCGAACCCCUCACCCAAGUGCGCGAAGAAACCGUCUUCUUUCCAGGCUCCUCCGAAGACGGGGGCGUGUCCAAUUGCGUCUCGGCCGCCGGCGACCUGCGAGGUUGCCCACAUUCGAGGGCUGGAAGGCGUCGCGAUUCCCCCGGUCCAGGACGACGGCUCGUUCGACGCAGAAGACAUUUUUUCCUUUUUCUUCGCGCCGGACGAGGAGGUGCGAGCGACGCGAACGGCCUCUUCCGCCUCCGGCGAUCAGCGAAAGAAGGGAAAGCAAGUCCGGUCAGGGCAGACGGGGAAGAAGAGCUCCAGACAGUCCUCCGCCCCGCCGGCAGAGAAGAGGGGGGGCAAGGGUUCUGCUCGCUCCGCGCCUUUCAGCGUCGACCCAGACGAGGAACCCGAGACGGAGGAACCGCGCGUCGAAGAAGAGGAACGCAUGUACUUCGAUCCGUACGAGAUCCUCGGAGUGCCUUCCAACAGUAGCGAAGAGUGUAUUCGCCUGGCCUACAGACAGAAGGCGAAACUGUGUCACCCCGACACUGUGGAGGGGAGGGAGUUGAGGAACAAGAAAGACUCGAGCAGAUCUCAAGAGAGUAAGGGAGACGAAGAGAACACGUCCACAGAGAGCCGCGAGGAGAACGGAACGGAAGGCGAGGAACUGGCGGCGCAAUCGACCUCGAGUUCUUCUGGAAGUGUCGGUUCCACCGCUGCCUCUCCCUCGUCUGGUGGCGAGGACGCGAGUGACGCAGAGAAGGCCUCGGAGACGUUGUCGCAUGCAGAGAAAUUCAUGUUGAUUCGCUCCGCAUUUGAGUUGCUGAGCAACAAGACAAAACGGAGACAUUUCGACCGGCAUGGCCGGUCCCCCGAUGAGCCCCGCUUCCUCCACAGAGAGGCUGUGGAGCGAGGGACGCGUGGGCACGACCCUCAGGGGGGCGAAGCGGCCUCGGGAUUCGGGCGCGGUCGUGGAGACCAACCAGCCGCGGAUGGAGACAUCGACGGUUUUGCGGACGCGCUCUUCUCGGCAUUCGCCGACUUUGCCUCGCAAGUCUUCGAUGAGGACGAGGCGCCCGAGACUCCGGCGAGACGCAGCCGAAGCAACGCUCGAUCCGCGCGCCGCUCCAGAUCUUCGGGCGAGAAAGAAUACGAAGAGGAGUGGAGCCGAGAAAGACGUCGAAUGUUCCCUGGCGACGACGAAGACCAGGCCGAGGAGGUAGGCCAACACUGGGACGAAGAGAACGAGAGCGAAGUGGGACUGGAGGAAGACGAAGAAGAGUACGAGAGCGAUCUGGACUUCCGCUCCUUGUUCGACGAAGAAGAGGCUGAGAGCAGCUCGUCGGACGCGUCCUCUGACGAGAGCUAA